AUGUCUUUAAAGUGCCCCUCGACUUUACCUAUAGUGCUUGAUGCUCAUAAAAAAUGGCUAAAAACUCUUCAUGAUGCUCAGACGCUGAUCGAAAAUGAUAUGGACUUACAGGAGAAAGCUGCACAGGGCCUUUGGCUGAAGGAGCGUCGAGUGCCACCAGAAGUCUUAGGAACUAUGUAUUCUGAAUACUGCAGUCUAAUAAACCGAAUGUAUGACGCAUAUCUUAAUAGCACACAUCUACAGAGAGCGCCCUACAUAAAACCUUUGAUAAGUGUUUUUAUGAAACGUAUGUACGAGCUACGGAAUGAAUUGGUACAUCUAAUAGUGAAUGAUUAUAUUUACGUUGAUGAUGGCUUAAUACAGACCAGAAGAACUCCAUUCGAUAUUCAGAUAAUUAUACCAUACCACUUACCUUUGGAAUGCAGAGAAGACUCUAUGGAACACCUCUUGCAAAAGAUGUGGGCUGAUUCUAUUGCCAGGAAAAAUGCUCCACCACCUAAGAAAGUCCAAUCGCAAAAUGUAUUUGAUGAUGACAUCGGUUUUCCGGCGCCUGUACAUCAAUUUGUAUCGGUGGAACAAUUCGUUAAAGAGGUCAGCGAACACACGAUAUAUUCAGAGGAAUAUCUACAGGCUAUUGUAAUACAACGCCAAGAAAGAUUUCGACAAUACUUCAACGAGGACUUUAAAGCAAAGUGCAGAAGGAAGAGAAUGUAUUUCGCCGAUAAUGUAAGAGAGGCACCUUUAUAUUUAAGAAGACAAGCAGCUAUGUUGAUUCAGAAGGUUUACAGGAGAUAUAUGCAAGUAAAGAGACAGCGUGUGGUCGAUACAAAAAGAGAUGUGUUAUUGGGUCUUAUACCAGAUCCUUUCAGAAAGGGAUUAAGUUAUGAAGAAGAAAAUAAUAAGAUGUAUUUAAGAAAGAGAAAUUUACGCACAAAGCUGAAGGAGACCUAUAAAAUGGCAUUUGAAAAGGAGAAUACAAGACUUGUGGUCUUCAAAAAGGAUGACCAAAUCGAUGAUAUAACAGACCAUGUCAGGACCUGGUUUAGAGAAUGGUUCUAUGGAUAUGGUUUCUUCCCAGAGUACCCUUACGAAAUUGAAGGUGGUACAGUAAUGGUGAUACGUGGACAAUACCCAACGAUUCAAGAGAAGAAAGAAGAUGAUGAGCGAUACCUAGCGACUAUGAAAGGGAAGACAAAAGAGAUGUUAAAAGCUGAAGCCAAACAAGCGAAAUUAGAUGCUAUACAAAAAGAGUUAGCAGCUAAAGAACAGAAGAAAAGAGAAGAAGAACAGCUGUUUCGUCUACGCUGUAACCCGCUCUCAGACCCUGGCUACCAGCCACAGACAUCCCAAGUUAUGGGGGACAUUGUAGAGGUUCUUCAGAAAUAUCAAGCAGCUUGGUCCAUAUAUGAUGAGUUCCCUCCUGACAAAUGUCCUGAAGCCUUCUUCGGCUACAUGCAAGAGAUACUAACAGAGGAUUUAAUGGGUCAAAUACAUUUAGACUGCAGGAAGUACGUGGAUGAGCUUAUGAGGUUAGAUCUGAAGUUACUGAUAAAGGCACACCAAGAAAUGUACAAAUCUGUCGGUUGGAAGUUUCCAAAAAUGCCCACAAGGAAGAAACCGAAGGCGCCACCAGUGCCAAAACCAUUGAAAAUCAAUGAUGGCGUUUUAGAAAGCUUUCACCAAAUAUUCGACCUUGGCCUUGUUUCAAAACCGACUAAUAAAAUAAAGGAAAUAAUUGGCGAUUUGAAUUAUUACGCUUAUGAUGUUAACAUACGAGAUCCAGAUGCCAAAUUUCCCCCACCAUCAUACGGUGAUAUACGUAGACGGCUGACAUUAUCAUGUGUUUAUGGGUCGGGAAUCGAACCGGGAGCGACUCGAAAUAAAGCUGUAAUGCUAUUGGGACCACAACGUAACGGAAAGUCGUUUUUGGUAGAUACAGUUUGUGGGGAACUAAACGCAGUUAAGAUUGAUAUAACACCGGAGGUAUUUAGUGCCCACGUUGACAAACCGGCGAAGGCAUUGACGGAAGUGUUUUUGGCGGCGAAAGUUUUUCAACCCACUGUCAUCUAUAUGAGGAAUAUUGAACGGGUUUUUUGUAAAAAGGUGGCACCAGAAGACAAAUACCUGCAAGCAAAAGCGAUGGCAGUUCCGCUUAAUAAAUUAAUCAAACAAAUGAUACCUGAUGACAAAAUUAUAUUUAUUGCUACAUGCUCUAGCCCAUUAAUCGCUCAAACAAAACCGAUGGUGUCUCUAUUUAACGAAAUUAUUUUAGUACCUAGAACGGACUAUAACAGCUUACGGACAUUUUUCUGCGACCGGUUACAAAUGAUCCGAAGUAUGCCUCGUGACUACUGCGUGCAGGCGUUGGCUCAAGUGUUACAAGGAUAUGGGUUCGGGGUCAUAGUUGAAGUUUUUAAUAGAGUACUAACGCCGGAGAGAAUCGUAAGAUUGAACGUAACUCCACUUACGCCAGCGGAAUUCUUAGAUCCCAUCUUUCAAAUUGGGCUAGAAGCUACGACUAUGGAGGAAUAUCAAGAAUUCGUUGAUUUCUACAUAGCAAAUUCACCAUUAUCCAUCGAAAGACCACAGUUUGAGAAAAUCAAUAGUAUAAGAGCUUUGCUUUACGGGAAAUUGGCAAAGAAAACGAAAUCGUAA